AUGGUGUCAUUAGGCCCACUUCAUCACGUUGCGCAUCCUCAAAUGCUUCCUCACAAAUUGCAUGCUACACGGAAAAUAUUUGACAUGACUGAGGAAGAAUUGGAAAAACAAGUGAUAGGACCUAUUCUCGCUCUGGUUCCCACGGUAAGAAAAUGCUACCAAUAUCACAUCGAGUAUCAAGACAGGCGUCUUGCUUGGAUGCUCACUUUGGAUGCUUGUUUUAUCUUAGAAAUAUUUAGGGCUUUGGGUACUGACACAAAAUCGGAUCACUGUCUUUUUGAUCGAAAUACUAUUGAAUACACUGCAUACCCCAUAAUAACUGACAUUCUGAUGCUGGAGAAUCAAAUUCCACUCUGUGUUCUGCUCAAGAUAUUAGAGUUGAAGGGCAAGAACAAAAAAGAUAAAGCAAGCCCAUUUACAGAGCUGUGCGAGUUGGUAGCUGGUGCCCGAAUAGCAAGGUUGUUCUACCCUUUUAAGGAGACGGACCCUCCGCUAAAGAAAAUUCCAGGGGCACAAAAAAGUAAACAUCUUUUGGAUUUAAUACGUAUGUAUGUCAUACAUCCAUUUCAAUUCCAUCAAGAUGAAGAGACCGAGCAGCCAUGUCUUGAUCUUGACCAACUAUCUCCUGAUCCUCCCGAACGACAGAUUAUAAUCCUCUCUGCUUCUGAAAUCUCUAUGUAUGUCAUACAUCCAUUUCAACUUCAUCAAGAGACCGACCAGCCAUGGCCUGUUCCCGUCCAACCAUGUCCUGAUCCUCCCAAACGGGAGAUUAUAAUCCCCUCUGCUUCUGAAUUAAGGCUUGCUGGGAUCAAAUUCACAAAGAUGGAGGGAAAUUUUAUGGAGAAUAGCAUCAAAAGGAAUCGAUUUCAUCUCCCCAUAAUCAGAAUCUCCAGUAGCGUUGAAACCCUUCUGCGGAAUCUUAUGGCGUUCGAAAUAUGCGAGGCGGAGGACAUGUGUGUAAUAUCAAGGUACGUUCUUCUCAUUUGUGAGCUCAUUCAUUCUGAAAAAGAUGUCUCUGUCCUAAGAAAAGCCAGAAUUAUCAAGAGUUACAUGGGAAACGACCGAGAAGUGGCGGAUCUCUUCCACAGGCUGAGUGAAGGCAUCACCAGAAGCUACGAGGAUCCGUUCGCUAAAGUCAGAGAAGAUGCCCAUAAACAUUACCAUAGCAAAACUAAGGUCAUGAUCGCUGAAUUUACAGAUGACCAUUGUUCAAGUCCAUGGAGAACUGUUUCUGUUAUUGCAGCAUGCAUGCUUUUGCUCUUCGCUGCCGUGCAAACCAUUUUCUCACUGCAUCGGAGGCUUCUUACAAAUUAA